GACUAGAUCUCAUUUCAUUUUCUUAGGCAAGUUCUCUGCCUCCUCCUUCUACUUCUUCUGGUAUUAUUUCAAAUUCCACACACAGUUACCCAACAAAAACUCAACCUUUUUCCAUUAGCUCCAAACCAGAUGCGCCAACUUCAUCUGCUCCAUACCGCUUCAACCAGCCAAAACUAAACCCGACCCAUUUCAGGAAACCAGCUCCUCCACCUGCCCAGUUGAUCAAAUCCCUGGGAUCUGAUUGCAACUUGGGAUAAGAAUCAUGGUUCUCGGAGAACAAGAGGGAGGGCAAAAGAGUAAUUAAGAGUGUAUGCAGAGAAGAUAUAUAUGAGAGAGAACGACAGCAUGCAGAGGUGCUUGUACAGUCACUUCUCCGAAGCUAUCUUCUUGUUGCGGCCAUUUAUGAAGUCACCUGCGAGAUUUUCUGCUGUCUUCGUCUUCGUCUUCCUCAGCUUGGGCGCUUUUGUCUGUACGCGCCUUCUCAACUUCCCUACUAUAAUUGAUACUUCAGCACAAGGUUCAAUCGUAACGACCAGAGCAUCCCAAAAUUACCCUCACAAAACUCCUAAUAUUCCCAAAAAGCCCCCACCCAAGUUGGAAUUCCCACUCAACUGCACUGCCUACGACCUGACACGAACCUGCCCAUCAAACUAUCCUACCACCUUCAACCCAGAGCAAGGUCCCGACAGUCCAUCACCACCACCAACGUGUCCGGAGUACUUCCGUUGGAUAUACGAGGACCUAAGGCCAUGGGCGCAUACAGGGAUCACGAAAGACAUGGUACAGAGUGCCAAGAGUACGGCCAAUUUCAAGUUGGUGAUCAUGAAUGGCAAGGCUUACGUGGAGACAUAUCAGAAUUCGUUUCAGACGAGAGACGUUUUUACAUUGUGGGGGAUCCUACAAUUGUUACGGAGGUAUCCUGGGAAAGUGCCUGAUUUGGAGCUCAUGUUUGAUUGCGUUGACUGGCCCGUCAUUUUAUCAAGGAUCUAUAGCCGGCCCAAUUCCACUGCUCCGCCACCCUUGUUUCGCUACUGCGGUGAUGACAGUUCACUCGAUAUUGUCUUCCCUGAUUGGUCAUUUUGGGGAUGGUCUGAGAUCAAUAUAAAGCCAUGGGAGCUUUUGUUAAAGGACCUAGAGGAAGGCAACAAGAGGAGCAAAUGGAUAGACAGAGAACCGUAUGCUUAUUGGAAGGGAAAUCCAUCUGUUGCUGAAACCAGGAAAGACCUCGUCAAAUGUAAUGUUUCCGACCAGAUGGACUGGAAUGCUCGUAUUUAUGCUCAGGAUUGGUUAAAAGAAUUAAAGGAAGGUUUCAAGCAAUCGGAUUUGGCAAGCCAAUGCGUUCAUAGGUAUAAGAUCUACAUAGAAGGGUCUGCUUGGUCUGUGAGUGAAAAAUACAUUCUUGCAUGUGAUUCUGUUACCUUUAUAGUAAAACCCCGUUACUAUGAUUUCUUCACGAGAGGUUUGAUGCCAGUGCACCACUACUGGCCCAUAAAAGAUGAUGACAAGUGCAGAUCUAUUAAGUUUGCUGUUGAUUGGGGCAACAGUCAUAAGAAGAAGGCACAAUCCAUUGGAAAGGCAGCAAGAAAAAUGAUUCACGAGGAUUUGAAGAUGGACUAUGUGUACGACUACAUGUUUCAUCUAUUAAGCGAAUACUCAAAGCUCUUACAGUUCAAGCCCACCAUACCUCGAAAAGCGGUUGAGCUCUGCUCGGAGGCAAUGGUUUGCCAAGCGCAAGGAUUAGAGAAGAAAUUGCAAGGAUUAGAGAAGAAAUUUAUGAUGCAAUCUCUGGUGAAGGGUCCUGCCGAGAGGAAUCCAUGCGCCAUGCCUCCGCCUUACGAUCCAGCAACUCUUUUUGCAGUACUUAGGAGACAAUCAAACUCAAUCAAACAAGUAGAAACGUGGGAGAGAAGUUACUGGGAAAAUCAGAGUAAGCAAUCAUAGAGAGAGGGUUAUAUAGACUGAUGUAUGCUGAUGAUUUUCCACUAUUUUUGUUGUGUAAUUACUUUCUACGGAUAGCAGAAAUAUUUUUCACUAAAAAAUAUCAUAUUUGAAUCAUAUCACCUUAUUCCGAGUUUGUAUAGAA